GUGGAGCUAAGGGUCGAUAGAGUGUUGUAGAUAAUGAGGGGGCUGUCGGGAAGGGGGAAGGGUUGCUAUGGCACCCCCUUCCCCAUCCGGCUUCCCCUACCAAAGACACCCUUCACUUGUGUCCGAGCAGGGCUGUUGGUAACUUCAUCCGUGCCGACCAGCCCCGACUUACGAACUUCGCUACGGUCUUUGUCUGGGCGGUGUAUUUUUUUGUGACAUGUGAUUUUGCUACGAUAUGCCGGCGGUAUGGACACCGCGAGGUUUCUACUCACCGCCUUACUUAUAGCAGCAGCACUCGCAAACAGUGUUGUCGGUGAUUAUGGAGUGGAGGUGAGGGUGCGCGAAGGAGGCAGAGCGGUCCUUCCGUGUCGUGGGUCAUCAGCGGGGACAAACGGAGCCAUCGCCUGGAAGCACAGGGGCGAGCCGAUCGGCCAAGAUCCGCGUUACCACCCCGACAGAUCUGCCUCCAGCCUCAUCAUCACACGCGUGAGGCCGACCGAUUCCGGCCCAUGGUCGUGCAGCCAGCAUGCACCACCAGUCAACCUCGUCGUCCUUGAACCCCCGAGGGCUCCGUACUUGCUCAUCGAUUCCAGGCGGCUAGACCCCGGAAAUUUGUUUGUCCCGGUGAAGGAAAACAGCAAGCUGUCAGUGGAGUGCGUGGUCGAAGGCGGUUCACCGGCCCCAGGGCUACACUGGCUACUAGUACCACCUCCGGGGUCGACAUCGCCACCCGGCCUGAAUCAGCAGGAAUCAGCACCGGCUGCGACCCAAGGAUUUACCCGAUCGGUCGCCAGCAUACCAAGGGUCCUCAGGGAUCACCACAAUUCGACUGUGGCAUGUAUAGUCACGCACCAGACGCUUCCUGCCCCGCUCAACGCUUCAAUUCUUCUAGACGUUCAAUUCACCCCAUCGUUUGCGAUAACACGAGUACCCGGCUUCGGCAUCCCUCUCAGGGAAGGAAUCCCCGUAUCGCUGAAAUGCGACGUCGACUCUAAUCCGCCCUCUCUGCCCGUCUGGCAAAAAGAUGAUGGCGCCCCGCCUGUGGAACAGUCGAACGACGGGUUCUUGAAUUUUACAUCUUUAAAGCGAGAACACAACGGCUGGUACAAAUGCACGACGAGGCAUCUCCUGUCCACAUACUCUUCGAUCGGCUAUUUUCUGAACGUCAGAUAUGGUGAUGGAGAAAUGAACCCAGGGGACAUAGAAGUGGGUGGGAGCACAGAGGCGGCCACUGGUUCGGGAAACGCUGUCGAAGUUUCCGUUGGAGGUGCCGUCCAAUUGGAGUGCGGGGGCAACGAGAGAGGCUGCUGGGGACGAGUUUCCACCUCGGGGCAAGUCUCGCCAUUAGGACAAGGCGCACCAUUGUCGAUCCAUUCUGUCCUUUAUCAGCAGGCCGGCCACUAUAGGUGUUACGCCCCGGAACCGGACCGUCUGAAUGCUUGGAGAACGCACAAUGUCCAUCUAAAAGUCACAGGCGUGCCGAUGGUCCUAGCGAGGAACUUGUCGAAGGUGGCCGAAGUCGGUGACGCUAUUUCCCUUUUGGCCGAGUACUGCGCCAGUCCCAGUGCCACCAAAGUCCUUUGGAUACUUCCCACGGCGAGAGUUAUUGCUCCCGGGACCACUUUAUGGGGAAUAACAGCUCACAACAUCACAAACGGCAAUUGGACCAAUUGCCACAAGGCUUUGCUGACGGUGGAUCGAGUAGGGAAAGAGCAUGAGGGAGAGUUCAGCCUUUUGGUCUGGUCAGGACGGGGCAUCGGGCAGACAACCAUCAGGCUCAACGUGACAGGAAACGGUGACACUUCUGCAGGCAGAGGCAUGGCCUCCUCCUCGGCUCUACUUGUCGCAGUCAUCGCCAUAGCCAGGAUAUGUUAACACUCGCCAGCCUUAACUAUUUUACCUUAAAAAUAAGCCUUAAGAAUCCUUGGCGGGAAGUGGAUCUAGUCAUAUAGACUUUAUAUUGUAUAUGUGGUAUUAGUCGUCUCCUAUACUUAUCAUUUAUAAGUAUGGGACGAGAUUGUAAAUAUUCUAGAGAUAUGUGCGAUAUAAAUAUCAAUAUAUAUAUUUAAUGCCCGAUUAUUGUUAAAUAUUGUGUAUAAAAAGGAUUUUUUUUUUUUUCAAUUUUGAAAUGUUGUCCUUGUUAUGUUAUUUGUGCCAAAACGCAUGAAAUUUUAUACGAGGGAAUCUUUACACUAUAGGAGUGUUGAGUGUGAUGAUGAAUAUUUUUUAUUUUGUAACGUACCAAUUCAAAUCUGUAAUUUAUUAUAAUGGUAAUAAUCUCCCCGUGUUUAUCAAUAUAACAACGAAUUUAAUUUUGCCAGUUUUUAUUUCGACUGUUACAGCUCUCCUAAAAAUGGUUGAAAAUUGGUCUAUUUCGUUGUUUUUUUGCAGGGUGGAAACAAAUUGUCAGUUAAAUAAUUUAUUUGCAAUAAACUUAAUAAACAAAAUGCUAUUAUCACUAACUAGAAACACAUUAUAAUAUCUACUAAACCCAGAAUUCUAGGCCUAUUUCCAUAAUCGCUCACUUUAAUAAUUUAAACUAAUUAUUUCUAAUUUCUAUAAAUUGAAAUCUACAGUUUACCUUUAUUUACCUUUAUUUACCUUUCUC